GUGGUCGAAGAGACGCGCUCGCGCUCCCGCCACACACACGACAAACGCAGCUGCACACACGCACUCGUCCCCAAACAAGCUGUUGGCGAAUUGAAUCGGGCGUAUUCACAGAAGUCUUACCUUUUGGAUAUUCAUUAAACGGGGAUAUUAAAACACCAUGUCGCACAAUGUGACAGUCACCCGUACGACGACCACCGUGACCACCACCUCGGCUAUCCUGCUCAACACGGGCUAUUUAAAGACGACGUCUGGAAUCCUCAAAGUCUUGCAACUGAUUUUGGGGUGCGUCAUUGUUGGAUUAGUCGGCCACUAUUUCGUCCGAAGUAGCCCAUUGUUUUUUACGGCUGAACUAUUUCUGCUAUUGAUCGCUACAACAUGUUUGAUCACGACGACUUGUCUUCUGGCCAGCUGCCUCCUCUCCAUUUCGACGGCCACCAUUAUUGCCAAAACCAUGUUUGUCAGCAUGCUUCUCAUUCCCGAAAGUGUCCUCUACCUCUGUGCCACUAUAAACUACUUGGUGACCAUAGUGUCUCGUAAUGCCGGUUACUCUGUGGCGGAGUACGGCUACAACAAUAAGAUGUUCGCCGCGGCAUUGGGUGCCAUCAACACGGGCUUGUACUUCGUGAGUGCCCUCUUGGCUUUCCGCAUUUACAGACGUUCAUAAACAACGCCCAAAGGAAACCACCGCGAGCUUGGAAAAGUGAAUAUUAAAAAUCUCAAACUUCUCUUUAUACGUGUUCUAAUUUAUUGGAGUCGUGACAUCACCGAUGGUUGCUUUCUAGUUAUUCAUCCUGAACUCGUUGCUUAGAAAGGCUUGUCAUUGAUUCGUGCUACCAUUUCGUCAUUUUCAGGUGUUAAACAAAUUGCGUGGUCUUAUUAACUUGAGAAGUUGCUAUACAAAGGCAGUGUUCAACAGCAAA